UCGAAAACAACACCGUGCAUCGAAAACUGGUGCCCUUUAAUCAUUAGGGAAAGAGGAGCGUUUGAAAAACUCAUCGACCAAAAUGAAUGUGACGGUCGAGAAGCAAAGCAACCGUAGCGAUGACAAAGUGACGGAGGUGUUCCCGCUGAACAUAAAAAUCAAACAAGAAAAAACUACCAGCUAUGAAGAUUCGAGCAAAUCGGAAACGGUGGACAAGCUAUCGAUUGAUGUGAAUCUUACCAACAUUUUCUCGACCACCAUCACCAGCAGCAGCGCAGGGGCCGAAAAGGAUGCGGACGCGGCGGACGUUAAACCCUCCAUCGAGCCACUGAAGUCAUCGAACGAAAUCCUGACCGAGCUGUUCCGGGUGUUUAACGCUGCUCCGCCGGAGAUAAUCGAGGAUGAUUCAAACGAGGCGUCCGAAGUUAAAGAAAAGAAAAAGAAGAAACAUAAACACAGAAAGAAGAGCAAAAAGAAGAAAGGCACCGAAAGUGAAACGGACGGGGAGCUGUCCGAGAACCCGGGCGAGGACGGUGAGAUACGUGUGAAAAAGAAGAAAAUCAAGAAAGAGAAAGAUCGUGACCGGAAACAUGAAAAGCACGAGAAGCACGAGAAGCACAAGCGGAAGCACAGGGGCGAGACGUUGUUGGUUACGGUUAAGCAGGAACCACUGGAUAAGGACGAAAAGAAAUCCAAAUACGACGAAGUGCACCAGAAGGAAUCCAGCAAAGAGCAUAGCAUUGUCAAGCACGACGAGACAAAGCAGAAAGAUCACAAUAAACUGAAGGAGUCCCGCGGGGAAGACUCCAAGCAACCCUUGAAGGGAAAGAUACAAAUUAAAAGUCUCAAAGAUAGCGCCAUUUUCAAAGAACUGGCGACAGGCUCGUCACACACGAAGGAACGUGACCACGAUAAGCAUUACGAUCGCGACAAAUCAAUAGGAUUGAAAUCGUCCAGCAGUGAGCUGCGGAAACGAAAAUGUUCCGGUUCGGACUUUUCUAUUUCCGAUGGAGAGGAUCCUGGGAAGGGCAGGUACUACGAUUUUUAUCAGAAAAAGUACAAUUCUUUCUACGCAAGCUACGAGCGGGGUGAGGACGAACGGGAGCGACACGAGAAGAAACGACGCAGACGCAGCUCAGACCGUGACCGGGAACGGCGUCGUCGUUCAGGAUCCGGAUCGCGUUCCCGUUCCCGUUCCCAUUCUCCAGAGCAGUUCGAUAAACAGAAGCUGCUGGAGAUCGCAAGAAAGAAUGCAAUUAGCAUGCUGAAGAAAGGUACGCUCCCGGGUGCGCAAAAUUUGGACGGAGAAUCGAAAACGAAGCUAAUCUCAAAGAUGCGUGCGAGUGGUAAGACCAUUGAAGAGCUGACGGAGUUUUGCAAAAAGAUUUCGAACAAGGAUAAUUUCAACGAUCUCUCCAGCGUAUCGUCCGACGAAAGUGAUCACGAUGCGGACGGGGCAACGAAGGUGUUCCACCAUCCCUUUCAGCUCAAGGAACCGGCUCCGAUCGUAAUGAACAUCCGUAAUGCCACCACCAUCCAACCGAAGUCAGCCGAGGAGAAAAAGGCGCUCUUAAUGCAAUUCCCCGUAUCGUCCGGAGCUCACCAUCGGAGCACCGAAACGGAAUGGGUUCCGGUCGAACCGAAAAAGCCGGCACCAGCGACAGCGCCAGCAAAACCAGCGGCAUCCGAAACCGGUGCUGUUGGCAAAUCUAAACUGAAAACCAUCCUGCCACCAUCGUCCACUUUUGUGCCACAGUCGUCGAAUUUUCCAUCACAACACGUCCCACAGCCGGGUCCGAGUCUAGUACCUGCACCGAAUGCACCCGUUCCCCAUGUCAGCCAACCCACCAUUAGCCAUCCUUCGGCGGGGCCACCCAUUGGACCAGCUGCUUUUCCGACGAACGACAUUUCACAACCGUAUCAUGCCCUGCAUGUGCCACCAAUAGUUCCCCACCAACCUCCGGUAGCACAAACGCCCUUCAACGGUAUGCCUGGAUCAGAACCGCAGCCUCUGCCAGUCCCGGUCGACACGACUGUUCCUCCACCGUUGUUGAACCCCAUGUUGUCAGUUCCUCAUCCGGAGAUGCAACACCAUCAACAACGACCACAUUUUCCUCCGGUACAUUCUGGCUCUCCUGGGCAUCGACCCGGAAAUGGGCACGGACAUGGGCCAGGGUUUGGGCAUGGACACGGAAACGGCCCACCAUUCGAACCAGGAGCUGGUCCCAUGCAUGGUCACAGUCAUGGGCCUGGUAAUGGACACGAGCAUGGUCACGGCAACGGCCACGGUAUUGGCAAUAAUCAGGGGCAUGGGCUCGGGCCGGGCCAUGGCCCCGUCAAUGACCCGGGUCCUGGGCCGAAUAAUGUAUUUCAAACUCAACCGGACGCUCCCAUGCUCGACGUUUCGCAAAUCGUUAGCCAACGGUUAAACGCGAUGCGAAGGUUGCAGGAAAAUCCGGCCGAUCCGGAGGCGCGCCAGUUGCUCUACACCACGCAGAAGGACAUGUCGACUUGGGCCUCCUCGAAGGUGAUGCCCGGGCAGUUCGUCGGUUCAACGGGUGUAAACUGUCUCAGCCAGCGGGAACUAGCCGAAGGCUACCAACCGUGGGCCACGCGGGACAUGAUGAAACAAUCGGCCCCGGUCACCGGCGGCAUGGGCAUGCACCUGCUACAGAAAAUGGGCUGGCAACCGGGCGAAGGGUUGGGUAAGGAGAAAAACGGAUCGCUACAACCGCUCCUGCUGGACGUGAAACUGGACAAGCGUGGCCUGGGCGAGGAACAGAACAAAGCCCGCCCCCAUCAGUUCCCGGGGCAACUUUUCACCCGGAGGGACAACGCGCAACGGCCACCACCGGGCCACGAUCGACAACGGUUCAUGAACGUUAAGGUAAACACGGACGGGAAGCACCCCGUUUCGAUACUUGGCGAGUACGCGACGAAACGCAAGUGGAACGUCCCACGUUACGAGCUGGUGCACGAGAGUGGGCCGGGUCAUGCGAAAAAUUUCAUCUUCAAGGUGCUGGUAAACGGGCUGGAGUAUCAGCCGGCCAUCUCGAACAACACCAAGAAGGAGGCGAAAGCUACGGCGGCCAAAUUUUGCCUGCAGCAACUCGGUGUGAUGAUAACCUAAGGCGAAUGCAGGAUUUAUCGAACUUGGCCGCAACGAUUACCAUAAGCUGCACCGUCAAGGGAGAUUGUAAUAAACUGACUCUUUUACGUAGCCGUAGAGUCCGACCGAGGCUGGCAUGCGUGGCUGGCAAGCCUACUGAAUCAAAUGCAAUCGAUCGGUUGAUCCUCAACAUAGCCAUCGCUUUAUAUAGGUCCAAAAAGUACGAACGCGUUACUUUAAAUUAUAUUGUCGAUACAUAAUGCUUUCUUCUACAUAGAAACUAAUUACGAACGAGUAUCAAACAAGAUUCAGUAGCAAUUAUUAAAAUCAGCCGAGGGUGUUCUGCUAUUAAUCUUAUUGAAAUGCAAAUGCCUAUUAAACGUAUGAAACUUGGAAAUUGCUGUAAUUUCCCUGCUAU